GGCUCGUCUCGGCAGUUCAGGGCGAGGUGGAAAAUCGAUGCGCUAGCAGGAGAGAGGUGCUUGCAAUAGUUAUAGAGAGCUCUCGGCGUUCUUUCGGAUUCAUGAUCACGCGCUUUGCAGCAGAGUCCCUGGGGCCACCAUUCCUGUCCGUCGAGUGCUGUCGAGUCUUGUUGUUGUGCAUGCAGAGCGAAAAAAAUAAGCAGGAAAUUGAUCGCCUGUUUUUUUGGCAAUUCGAGUGGUUUAUGGGAGGAUUUUUGUAGAGUAUAGGUGCGGCGAAAGGGAGAGUGUGAAGGCAGUGGGGAAGGUGACGGGGAGGAGUGUAGGAAGGGUAAGAGAGAGAGAGAGAGAGAGAGAGAGAGAGAGUGUGUGUGUGUGAGAGAGAGAGUCUGUGGUUGAGUGCGCGUUGGCGAGGGGAAGAGUGGAGAGCUGUGUAACGCCUCGAGGCAAAGAAAAAAAGGAGCAGCAAAGGGGGAGUAGUAGUAGUGUUGUGUGUGAGGAGAUUUGGAGUGUGUUGAAGGACGGUAUAGGAAAUCAUCGUCGUGUGCCUGCACAUCCUGACGCGAUUUCACACCUGUCUGAGCUCUAGCAUGUACUUGAUGCUCUCUUGCAUUCUUCUUUUCCUCGCCUGCCAUCAAGCUGCAGCACACUUGUAUUGUAGUACCUCUUCCUACACUCUGUUUCCUCUCCACUCAAAUAGACCAAAGGUCCGUGAGUUUUUGCGUCCUGCUGGUUUUUUCCGGAAUUUUUCGAACCAAUUCCUCAGCUCACACGAGGUCUCAUCAUUACUACACGAACUUCACAUUUUGCACCUGAACUUGAAAAAUAGAGUUCUUUACAAUUUCACAAUACAUGCAAUCCAGAAGAAAGCAAAUAAAUCAAACGUUGCGGUAGAGAGUCAUCUUUGAAAGUGAAACUUCCAGCCGUUUGACAGGGUUGUAGACUCAUCUUUUUGUUGGAAUUGACGAGGCACCGAGUCGAAGUAAGAGGCAAUGUUGUGUCGAGGAAUGAGAAGAAAUCAUUGAGAGAAAGUGAGACAGUUUUUGUUUUGAAGUUUCGAAAUUUGCUCUUCGACUCACUUCAAGCAGCUGGAGGAAGGUAGAGCGCAGAAGCUUAUCGCGCUGAAGAAAUAAAUCAAAUAAUGCUGGCCAAGUUCUCGACUAUAAACUGCUGAGCAGCCGACUUUAGCUCAUUGAUUUGUAAGGUUUUAGUACCACGGGAAUUGGAAAGAACUAACUUCGUUGGUGCCGCGAAAAUGGUAGCUCCGUAUGUUCUUGCUGGUUCCUACGGCAUUCUUCUUCCGGAGGUUGACAAGCCGGCUCUGCCAGAGGUCUUCCACAUUGAUGACCUGUUGGACUUUAGUUGUGAGGAGAUUGGAGGUCCCAUAGUUGGAGGAGAGAUGCAACUCUCUGGCGUGACGGACGAGAGCUCUGCGAAUGGAAGCGAGACAAGCAUUUCUUCAUCAGUGGAAGUGAAAAGCGAGCUUGUUGAUACGUCUCUGGGGGGUAUGGAAGUGAAGACAGACCUCUGCGUGCCUUGUGAUGAUCUUGCCGACCUUGAGUGGCUGUCAUCGUUCGUGGAAGACUCUUUCACAGUUGUCGACCCCCCAGAGGUUUUUUCAGCAUACGAUGGCUUCUGCUCUCAAGUAAGUAACACCGAACGGACACAAAUCGCGAAGAUUUGCAACGACUACAAGCCGUAUCAGAAAUCAAGCCCGAUCUCAGUCUUGGAGACUAGUGCUACUUCGUCUGAACUCACUGGAUCCGAUUACCUGGAUGUAUCCGUACCUGGGAGAGCACGAAGCAAAAGGUCAAGGACAGGUGCAAAGGUUUGGACAUCAAGAAUUCUACCCACCAGCUCCUCUGUGAAUAGCCUCGAAUCGAUGGGAGCCGACUCGUACGCCAUGUCUUACUCGCCAAUCAUGUCAGACGAUGGUUCUGGCGAUAGUACGGUGGGUGGCAUUGAGCAAGACGACGAGGACUCACAAGGGUCUAAGCGUUGUAAGCUGAAGAACGACGGUAAUGGUCCGAAUGAAAGUAAGAACAACGUGACCGUAAACGUUCACAGUAAUGCCAGCAAAGGGAGAAAGAAAAAUCAAGACAAUUCGCAGCCGUGGCGGUGCAUGCAUUGCCAAACUCAGCGCACACCGCAGUGGAGGACAGGGCCCAUGGGACCCAAGACAUUGUGCAAUGCUUGCGGGGUGCGGUACAAGUCGGGAAGGCUGCUUCCGGAGUACCGACCUGCGGGAUCUCCCACUUACGUGGCGUCGAAGCAUUCCCAUUCGCACAAAAAGGUGCUGGAAAUGAGGCGAGAGCGAGAGUUGCGGAUUCAGCAGACGGGAGGGCAUGGGGUGCAGCAGCAGCAGUCCAUGCACGGGGCAACACCGUUGCGGGGGAAGACGAACAACCAGAAGGUGGCGGGAGCGAAGAGCUCGAGUGGGGAGCACGUGAAAUCGGAGUAUGGAGGUGGGUAUGGAUCGAAGAAUUUGGAGACAAUGCAGAAGAGUUUCUCGAAGCCGAUGGAGAUGCCUCGGCCUGGGAAGCCUGAGAUGAUGAUGUACGCGAGCAAGGCAUCGGGGAUGGAGUUUGCGAAGUGUUUGACGAGCACGACAGCGGUGCUUGGGUCUCGGUUGGAGUUCGGGUUGGAUGACAACAGCAUGAGGGAGAUGAGGGGAUUGUAAAGCCCUAGUAGGACAACAACGAUCUGGAAAUUCAACAAAAAAAACAAAAAACCAAAAAAACAAAAACACUAAGCCGGGUGAAUAUAUUCUUUUGGGGACCUUAUGAAGAGACUUUGUACAUGGGAAAUAGUAAGAGGCACAGCAAGUGGCUUAGGAGAUCCAGAACCCCGUACUAGUGCCGCCCCUCAGCCCCACUCCCCCUUUGAUUUUGCUAGAAGGAACAUACUGAACGGAACGGCAGGAGUGUACUUCGUUGUGGAAUUCACAAUGUCUUGUAGAUGAUAGGUACAGGAGGCAUCUCUCUGUCAAUGCCUUUGUAGCAGCAGCAGACACCAACGUCAAAUGAAUUCGUGAUUUUGGGUCUAUACUUUUGAAAGUGCUGAUUGUAAUUUAUUCUCCUUCCUCUUGCAUACCUCGAUGUUGCAAUUGAGGCGGAUAUGUGUAUGAUGUUACCCACACAGAUUCAAUGUUAACCAUUCUUUUCAGUUUCCCGUCGGGUUCGCGGCGUA